AUGAAGAACUCGCCCCUUGCACAGCCGUUGACGCUCCCAUGCAAGCUGCAACUCCCCAACCGACUCGUGAAAGCGGCGAUGGCUGAAAAGCUGGCCGAUGGAGAAGGGCUUCCAACGAAGACGCUGGAGCGAGCAUAUGAAAAAUGGGGAGGCGGAGGGUGGGGACUGAUUUUGACGGGCAACGUGCAGGUUGACCACCGAUACCUCAACGGUGCAGGUGACGUGACAAUCAAACCCACCACCAGCACAGAGAAGCAGCUCGCUCGCUGGCGCGCCUGGGCCAGCGCCUGCACCACGCCUGGCAACACUCCAGCGAUCGUGCAGCUCAACCACCCGGGCCGCCAGUCCCCCAUGGGCGCCGGCAGCCGCGGCCUCUGCGCGCGGAACCUCGCCCCCAGCGCCGUACCGCUAGACUUCGGCCCCGGCCUGAUGGCCCAGACGCUCAGCCGAGUGGUCUUUGGGGUGCCGCGCGCCAUGACGCAAGCCGACAUCCAGACGGUGGUGCAGCAGUUCGUUGACGCGGCGCGGUUGGCGGCGGAGGCCGGAUUCCAGGGGGUGGAGAUCCACGCGGCGCACGGCUACCUUCUCGCGCAGUUCCUGUCGGCGGACACGAAUCACCGCACCGACGCUUACGGGGGGUCUGCUGCGCGGCGGGCCCAGCUGGUCGUUGAGAUUAUCCGCGCCGUGCGCGCCGCGACCCCGCCCCGGUUCUGCGUUGGGAUUAAACUCAACUCGGUGGACCAUCAGUCCGCUGAGGCGCUGAAGGAGUGCGUUGAGCAGCUUCGGCUGAUCGUGGCGGCUGGGGUGGACUUUGUGGAGAUCAGUGGGGGGUCGUAUGAGAAGCCUACCAUGAUGACCAGUGAUAUCAUCCAAGAACACCGACCCUCAGCUCGGACCCAAGCGCGAGAGGCCUUCUUCUUGGACUUCGCCAAGGCGAUCCGGAGCUCGUUCCCAGCAGUGCCUCUGAUGGUGACGGGGGGGUUCCGCACCCGCCAGGGAAUGAUCGAUCCCUUGCAGAACGGGGACUGUGACAUGAUCGGGCUGGGUCGACCCGCGGUGCUGCAUCCGACCCUCCCUGCCGAGGUCAUCCUUAAUGAGCGAGUGUCUGCCGACGAGGCACGGCUGGUCACGGAAAGAGCGCCGAUCUCCUGGGCGAACAGGUGGACCAAACUGGCGGUUGUUGGGGCCGGAGAAGAGAGCCGGCAUUACAGUAGUCGAAUUGCAGAGUUGGGGGCUUAGGCUGAAUUGGAUGACGUGAGUAUUUUGACAUUUUUAGGUCGAGGGAGGGGUGUGAGAAAGCUUUCCGGAACAGAAGCGUGAGAGAGAGAAUGGAUUCACCUGGCUUUGAGCCCUAGAGCGAUCAACGUAGCACUAUCCUGUACUUCCAUAACAAUUAGAUUCAGGAAGACCAAUCGAUAGCCCUUGAGGGUUGAUCGUUAUCUGAUACAUGUCAGGCA